GGACCACCACGAUAUCCGCUUCGUCGUCAAGGUCGCAGCACAAUGGACUCUUUCGCAACGGACCUCUAUCUGCCGCCUACUCAUACUCGAAUGACGGAUUCUCGUGCCUACAGCGUCGAGGAACCAGUCGCCAUUCACCACAUAUCCCUAAAAACCAUACUGUCCAACAGCGAAUUCAUGACGCAGCAUAAGCGGCAACAAGCUUCCAGCCCUGUUUUGCGCCUGCCUCCAGAGCUAUUGUCGGAAAUCUUCCUGUUGUUGUUGGCUACGACAGAAGACAAGGCAUUGAGACCUUCGUUUCCGAUGCAUGUGCAGUUAGCUCUCUCCAAAGUUUGCGGGUUCUGGCGCGCAGUAGCGCUUCACACUCCAAUGUUGUGGACAUCCGUGGCCCUUCAUCUGGGGAAACACGUCUCAAACUUCAACGGAAUCAAGGAAUUGGCUCUCACCUGUUUCCAGCGUUCUGAACCACUCCCACUUUCUUUGACCAUCACAUCCGAGACGACCUCUAUGCCAAAUAUCGUCAGCGAUCUGGUGUCAUCUGCUCGCCAUCGGAUAACACGUCUCCAACUUCAGAUGCCUAUUGCGUUCACCGAGUCCAUCUUCAAGCUGCCAAUGAGCUCGUUCAAGUUACUGAGAUCAAUUGAAGUGUCUGCGAUGCUCACUUCCGGUGAUAAAGGCCCGUGGUUUCGUGCCAUGUCGUCAUUGGAGGGUGCCACCCAGUUGAAGACUGUUGUUUUUCGUUGCUAUAACCCCGAUAAUACCCGAUUAGAGCGACGACUGUUCAAGCCGAUGAAAAGUGGCCUUCGCUUGGAGCAGUUAUUACAUCUCACUCUUGUGGGAUCACUUCAAGUCCUAGCAAAUGAUGCUGUCAACCUUAUUGGGCAGGCAACCAACCUCGUCCAGCUCGCUAUCCACAUUACACGGGUCCCUGAAGGUGCACCGGAGCCCGACUCUGUUGUUUCUUCAACUCUACGUUACCUUGACGCCACUGUCAGUCAGUACUCGCUCCCUGUAUUUCUGAAUGCACUCAAGCUUCCGUCGUUGGAAGAACUCUCGGUGCGCUGCAGAGGAGUUCAAAACAUCCCUUGCAGUGUUUUCGUUGGCUUACACGAAAAAUCGGCCUUUUCCCUUCGCCGGUUUCUCAUCUCUGAUCGCAUGGGAGAUUCAAUAUUCCCCUUCUUGCGAUGUAGCCCGUUCCUCGAGCGGGUGCAACUCAUCCAGUGCGGCUCCGCCCUCAACACUGUCUGCAAAAUUUUCACUCGAAAGGCUGGCAAUGGAGUACCCAUACUGCCGCACUUGAAGGAGCUGGCCAUUGUCGACCGUUGGCCUGACGAGCGGCCUGAAGUGGCUUGGGACACAGCUAGCCAGGCGUUGAUGGCAAUGGUUCGUUUUCGACGACAAACCGGGCACCAAAUGCUGAACUAUCUGGUAUUCGGCGCUAGGAAAGCGUUGAACGAAGACCAAGUUGCCCAGUUGAAGACGUGGCGGUUGGAAGGGAUGGAAUACCGGUUGACUGACCUGCGGCCCGGAUACGACCGCAUCGAGGAAGAUUAUUUUGGGACAGCGAGUUGA